UCCUGGAGACCAUACUAUAGCGGUGAACACUAGUUCUAAGCGACACAGCCUAAGUAACAAUGGCCAGUGGCAAGAAGAACAAGCAUACUAACAGCACGACAUCGCAACAUGGGGCGAAGACCGACACAACUGAUGCACACGAAAGUGCUCGUUCACCUGUGUCUCUGACGACGGUCGCACUGGGGGUUCUGCUUGUUUCUGCGUGCAUUAACGUCUGG